AUGGACCCAAGUCAAGUUUUGAAGCUCAACAGAAGUUUGUAUGGAUUAAAAAAGGCUGCCUCGACGUGGUUCAAGACGAUUUCAAGUGUUUCUAAGAACAUGGGUUUUAUGGCAUGUGUAACAGACCCGUGUGUUUUCAUCCGUCGCGAUGGACACCUUUCGUGGAUUUACCUGACACUGCAUGUAAACGAUAUGCUGAUCGGAGGUAAUUCUGCUAUUUCAAUUGACAAAGUUGCAGAUGAACUUUCCAGUCAUUUCAAGUUAAAGACGCUCGGAAAUUUGAGAUUUAUUCUCGGCAUUGAAGUGGAGUAUGCACACCAGACAAAGAAACUCAAGAUCAGUUAA